CGGGAGCGGGCGCCGCCAUUUCCGCGCAGCCGAGCAGGCCUCGCCUCCCGGUUGUUGCGGGCCCGGGCCUCGCGGGGCCCCCUCGCCCGGCCCCCCCUUCCCCCGGCCCGGCCCCAGCGCCAUGGAGGAGAAAGGCUUCGCGAAGGAGCUGGACCAGUGGAUCGAGCAGCUGAACGAGUGCCGGCAGCUGAGCGAGAGCCAGGUCCGCAGCCUCUGCGAGAAGGCUAAAGAAAUUCUUACAAAAGAAUCCAAUGUUCAAGAGGUACGUUGCCCCGUCACCGUCUGUGGGGAUGUCCACGGUCAAUUCCACGACCUCAUGGAACUCUUUAGGAUUGGUGGGAAGUCACCAGACACCAAUUACCUGUUCAUGGGAGACUACGUGGACAGAGGCUAUUACUCGGUGGAAACGGUGACUCUCCUAGUAGCAUUAAAGGUGCGUUACCCUGAGCGCAUCACCAUCCUGAGGGGCAACCACGAGAGCAGGCAGAUCACCCAGGUGUACGGCUUCUACGACGAGUGUCUGCGCAAGUACGGCAACGCCAACGUCUGGAAGUACUUCACAGACCUCUUUGACUACCUUCCCCUUACAGCUCUAGUAGAUGGCCAGAUAUUCUGUCUCCACGGUGGCCUCUCUCCAUCCAUAGAUACACUGGAUCAUAUCAGGGCUCUGGACCGCCUGCAGGAAGUUCCACACGAGGGUCCCAUGUGUGAUCUGUUGUGGUCGGAUCCGGACGAUCGUGGUGGCUGGGGUAUAUCUCCACGUGGUGCUGGCUACACGUUUGGACAAGAUAUUUCUGAAACAUUUAACCAUGCCAAUGGUCUCACGCUGGUCUCCCGUGCUCACCAACUUGUCAUGGAGGGUUAUAAUUGGUGCCACGACCGGAACGUGGUGACCAUCUUCAGUGCACCCAAUUACUGCUACCGCUGUGGGAACCAGGCUGCUAUCAUGGAAUUAGAUGACACUUUAAAAUAUUCCUUCCUCCAGUUUGACCCAGCACCUCGUCGUGGAGAGCCUCAUGUUACCCGUCGUACCCCAGACUACUUCCUAUAAACCUCUCCUAACCUUUGUAGAAGGAAGUACAACCUGGCAUUUUAAAGAGCAACAAUAUUCACACCUUUCUGUAAGAAACUGGGGUUCGUCUCAACUUCAAGCUCCCCAUCAUGGACCAAAACGUGCCAUACAGAGGACAAAGAGCAUUUAGCACAACUUGAGACUGAAUUCCUUACAACACUAUAUCUAUCUUUCUACCCAUCAGUCCAACAGUUUGCCUGCUGUAUUUGUAGUCAUUGUUUUGUUUUUCUUCUGGACUGUUCAGAGAGGAAAAAGAUAACUCUGGUAACACUUCCAUCUCCUUUGGCUCUUUGUACAUUUUUAGUUCUAGUGGUUAACUGGCAUGAAUUAGAGGUGAUUUUUUUUUUUUUCUGAGGGAAAUGCACACUAACUUCCUCCCCCACCACUCUUGUGUUUUACUGCAAGACCCAUCAACCUAAACUGGAGAAAGGAAGAGAUUCCUGCUUGGGAGUACGUUGUCAUAACAUGGAUAUAAAAGUGUUCCCUUUUUAGCUCGAGCCCCUCUCUCUGUUGAUCCUGCUUGUUCUUUUUUUUUUUUUUUUUUUUUUGGUUUUUUUUUGUCUUUUAUUUUUUUUUAUUUGGGUUUUUUUUUGUUGUUAUUUCUCCCCUCUCUCCUCUGUAUAUUUGUCCUGGAAGUGCUUGCAACCCCUCCUUGGCUGUACCCCCCAAAUAAACUUGCUGUUGUCAGCCCCCAA